ACCUCCAAACAAAAUGACAGCAUAGAUAUUAGAGCAAAUGAAAAUAAUUAUCUAUGAUGACAGCCAAAGCACCAGACUAUCAACCAGGGAAGAGGGAUAAACAUUCCACUGUACGGGUAGGAGACUACCUGUAUAUGUGGGGUGGGGGCCAGCCUGAUCUCCCUACAGUACAUAAUAAUGAAGAGAAGAAAUCAAUGUGUUCUGUGAUGGAGGUGUGUCACCUAAGGACUGGUAGGUGGGAGCAGAAACCCACCACUGGUAACCCUCCACUGGGUGUUAGGGGCUAUGCAGCUGCUGCCAUUGGAAGGGAAAUAUUUUAUUUCGGAGGCUAUUGUAAUCAUGGAGACUGUUAUUAUAAUAGUUUAUACAGUUUUAAUGUUGAUACGUUCAAAUGGAAGAAACUCUCUCCUAUAUAUACUACAUCUCAUCAUGGUCCUAUGAUGAAGGCCUACUGUGGCAUGGUAGCAAUAAAAGUGAACGGUGAAGACUAUCUUGUAGUAAUUGGAGGAUUGGGACCCAUGGCAUCUUCUAAUAAUACCCCACCACAACCUGGUGCCCAGUACAGUGGUGGAGGAUUUAUUACUUAUCAACGAUGCAAUGAGAUUCAUUUCUAUAAACUCUCAACAGGACAAUGGAUAUCACCGACUGUCACGGGAGACAGACCACCUCCUAUUUAUGACUUCACUUUAACAUCAAUUAAUAAUUCCAGUGCUAUAUUAUUUGGAGGUAGCACUACUAAUAGACUCAGUAACAAUGUAUAUAUUCUUAAUUUUACUGAUACAUCAGUGAAUUGUUCAAAGUUAUCUAAUCCUGGAGGAACAGUACAAUGGCCUAAGGGAAGACAUGCUCAUUCCAGUGUAUUGAUUAGCACUAGCUUAGGACCAUACCUACUAGUGGUGGGUGGAGCUGGUACUGAUGAUAUUUGGAUAUUUAAUAUUAACAAUAAAUCAUGGAAGGAACAGGAACAGGUUAAUUUACCAGACAAUGCCACUGAUAGAUGUUAUCAUUCUCUCUCAGUUUGGAGUGUGACUCCAACCACUAACUGGAUAAUUGUGUUUGGAGGAAGCACAUUAUACACUGAUACAGCAAUGCAUUAUACUAGUAAUAAUGAUUGGUUUACUAGUAUAAUACCUCUGGACCAGUAUCAAGAGAAACUACAAGAAAGGAGAAAUGAGGAUAAAAUAGAAAUAGACCAUCUGACACAUUUACUACAAGAAAGGGAAAGGGAACUAGAGGAGGAGAGAAGAGAAAAGGAACAAGUUAGAAACAGACUACAGCAACAAUUUCAAGGAAGAGAACGACAACUUCAACAAGCACAGCAACAAGGACAAGAAAGAGAGAGGCAGGCCAGGGAACAAGUCCAGGAUCUUCAUCGGCAGCUUCGAGAAAAGGAAAGAGAAUUUCAAGAAAGAGAGCAACAGCUUCUAAGGCAAGUAGAAGGUGGCCAGCAAAGAGAACAGGAUCUUCAACGACAGCUUCAAUUAAGAGAGCAACAGCUUGAGGAAAGAGAGAGAGAGUUCCAAGAAAGAGAGAGACAAUUUGAAGAGCAGAUACAAGUGGCAGAGUCUUCCUGGGUAGUGAAUAGAAGAGAGAUUACAAUGACAGAAGUAGUCCUUGGUAAAGGAGGAUGGGGAGAGGUGAAAGUGGCUGGUUUUCGUGGUCUGAAGGUUGCUGCAAAGUGUCUCUACGAAGUCAUCAUCUCUCCUUAUAACAUUGAGAUAUUCUCUCGUGAAAUGAAUAUUGCUUCUAAGCUACGUCAUCCUAACCUCCUUCAGUUCAUAGGAGCGACUACAGAGGGUAAUCCAAUCAUCCUGACAGAGCUAAUGCUGACGAGCCUAAGAAAGGAAUUAGAGAGUGGAGGAGUGGCCUAUCCUGCGAUACUGAGCAUCAAUCUAGGUGUGGCUGUAGGUAUGGGCUUUCCCCCUGUCUCUUGCAUGCUCUCAGUCCUGUAG